AUGUCCGGGGGCAAAGAUCGCCGAUCGCGGGCAAGCAAAACCCAGGGAUGGGAGGAGGCCGGGGGCGAGUUCUACCAGGAAAGCUAUCCCGCCGACCUGGAGGGUAUGCAGCGGGAUCCGUCGAAGAUAGCGACGCUGCUACCGUCGAAGCAAACGCGAAACGCUACGACCAGACGCGUCCGACCGGCCCAGGGACAGGACACCAAGGGAGGCACACGACGGAGGGCCAGCUUCUCUACGGUCGCCCGGCGCGGUUCGCAGUUUCACGAGAUGCAGGUGGCCACACUGCCCGAUCUUUCAGAGAACCUUAUCAACGAGGAACGGACAUGGGAGGAGAUACGGGAGAUCAAGUCGAUGCCGGUGCCGAUGGCCCAGAAACGGGAGAUGAAGGCACAACUGCAGAACGCAACGAAGCUCCGGCUGCAGGGAUUCGAGCAGAUAAAAUGGCGCCGACGGAAAGCGUGGCAAAGCUUUCGCUCCAAGUGGGGCGAGUACCAGACAAAGCUCGAGCUUUGGCGCAUGUCGCUCAAAACGAUCGAGGGCAACUUCGGGACGGGGGUCGUGGCCUACUUCCUCUUUCUGCGGUGGCUCGUGUUCCUCAACCUGCUCGUCUUCCUGCUGCUGUUUGCGUUCGUCGUGCUGCCCCACCUGGUCCUGCGGGAACCACGGGAUCUGCCGUGUGAUUCGCUCAACGAACCCGUCUCGGUGCAGUGCUGUUCGGAGGGCUACGAAAACGUGACCCGUGCGGCCCAGUUCUCGGUGCUCGAUCUUAUCCAGGGUACCGGCUUCAUGGAGGGCACGCUGCUCUUCUAUGGGAUGUACACGAACCAAAUCUACGGCUACAGCCCGUGGGAGGAUCGGGCGGAGCAAACGGCCCGAAGGGAGCGCCAACGGAUGGUCACUGGCAAUGGCAGCCAAGGGCUGGAUCGUACCGGUGAGGAGGAUGGCGAUGAUUCCGAUUCAACCUCCAGAACCGUCCUGUACUACGACCUGCCGCUGGUGUACGUGAUCAUCACCGCGAUCUGCUACGUCGUAGCGCUCGUGGCCAUCAUGCGGGCGGUCGUGCGCCAGUUUAAGGAUCGCAUAGCCGAGGGCGAAGGACUGUUCUACCAGUACUGCAACCUGGUGUUUGGCGGGUGGGACUUUUGCAUCCACAACCAGAAGUCGGCCGACAUCAAGCACAAGGCGCUGUACAACGAGAUCAAGUCGCUGCUGCACCAGAAGCGGUUCGAGUACGAGCGGAGCAAUCGGUCACGCGAUUUCAUGCUCAAACUGAUCGCCAUCCGGAUGCUGGUGAAUCUGUUCGUGUUCGUCAUACUGCUGCUGGCCGCCAUCACGAUCUACGUGCUGUUCAACGUGUCGCUGGCCGCCCUCGAGCCCAACUUUAUUCCCUCGCACCCGGUUAGCUUCGGUGAGGUCAGCAACCGGACGUACAGCUGGUCCAACUCGUGGUCCAUGUUCUCGUCGCAGCGGAGUGCCAUCUCGUUCACGAGCACCAUCACGCCGCUGCUCGGGGUGAGCGAGGGGAUGCUGGGCGGCGUGAACUCGACCGAGCCUACGAUCUCGCUGGAGGAAAAGCUGCGCGUACUGUUCUACGAGUUCCUGCCCUAUCUGGCGAUCGUGUGCAUGAACUUGGUCGUACCCCUGCUGUUCGGGUAUCUGGUGAAGUACGAGAAAUACUCUCCGCUGUUUGUCAUCAAGAUUAGCCUCUUCCGGACGGUGUUUCUGCGGUUAUCGUCGCUGGCGGUGCUGCUUAGUCGGUUCUACUUUCUCAUCACCCCGAUGAACGUGGCGCACAAGAUGAUCCUCAUAAAUGCGUCCUCCGAUCUGGUGGCAGCCAGCAGCGUGCCGGUGCCGGUGGUACCCUCCGAGACACUGUUGCCGCAGUUAAACGAAUCGUCUGUUGUCGCCAAUCUGACGACACUGACCACGACCGUGGCCACGACGACGCUGGCAAUGCUGUCGAGUACGCUACCGAUCGAUCAGCAGCUUCCGGAACCGCAGGAGCAGCAGCAGCAGCAGCCCUCUCAGCAGUGUUAUGACGAGCAGAACGGUGCCCCGCAGUGCUGGGAGACGUUCGUGGGCCAACAGUUCUACAAACUGUUCAUCGUGGACUUUGCGACCCACUUUCUCGUCACGUUCUUCGUCAACUUUCCGCGGGCGCUCUUUGCGCGCCACUCCAGCAGCCGGGUGGCGAAGUUUAUCGGCGAGCAGGAGUUUGAGCUGUCCAAGCACGUGCUGGACGUGAUCUACUCGCAGACGCUCUGCUGGCUCGGUACCUUCUACACUCCGUUUCUGCCGGCCAUUGCCGCGCUGCUCACGUUUCUGAUGUUUUACAUCAAAAAGUUUGCCUGCCUGGUCAACUCGAACCCGUCGGCGAUGCUGUACCGGGCGUCCCGAUCGAACUCGCUCUUCAUGUCGACGCUGCUGAUCUCGUUCACGGUGGCGCUGGUGCCGGUAGUGUACGCGCUGGCCGAACUGGUUCCGUCGCGCUCGUGUGGCCCCUUCCGCGGGCUACCGUCGGUGUGGGACCGUGCGAUCAAUGCGUUCAUGAAGAUGCCACUGUUCUUUCAGAACAUCAUCUUCUACUUCGGCACGGCCAGCUUCGCCAUACCGUGCUUCGUGGUGCUGACGUUCUUCAUCUACUACUACUACGCCGUGUCGACCGCCAACCGGCACAUGGUGUCGGUGCUCAAGCACCAGCUGGUGCUCGAGGGCCACGACAAGCAGUUCCUGCUGAGCCGCCUCAGUCUGUUCAUCAAGCAGCAGCAGGAGUACCAGAAACGCAUGAUGCGCCAGGCAGCCGAGCAGCAGAUGCACCAGCAGCAACAGCAGUAUCAGCACUCCUCGUCCACCUCCUCCAACAAUGUGAUACCGGUGCAUCAGCAGCACUCGUCGUCGGCGGCACCGCCACCAACGAUAGUGCCACCGCCGCGCACCAACAGCGUCCAGCACGCGGAACCGACACCGGCUCUUCCACCGAGGGCAGACCGUGACUCGAAGCCGACUAGCCGCGAUCGUCCCAAGGACCUGCCGCCGCCGCCCCUGCCU